AUGAAAAAGGAAGACAAGAUCAGACUGAAUACUGUUACUUCCAACGUCACCCUGCACCAUCGGGCCCCUUCCAGAGAGGCCAGCUCGACCCUACACCUCCAGGCCCCAUCAAGAGAGGCCAGCUCCAUCCUGCACCAUCGGGCCCCUUCCAGAGAGGACAGCAACCCCCCAACCCACUACCCCCCAUGCUACUGUAACAGGACAACAUCCCAAUCAGAAGAGACCAAGAGUCCAGCAAGACAGCUAUGCAGAGGUGGCACGAAGAAUAGAGCACCCUGCUGAAAAACUGUUGUUAUCCAUCAAUUAUGUAAGCCACCAGGUAUAGAAAACCUAAUAUGGGAAACUAUUGAGAAAGGUAGACUGUAUUGCAACCCCUAUUUGCCAUGUCUUUAACCUAAAGGAGUGUGUGUGUCCACAGGCGUGGAAGGAAGCUAAAGUAAUUCCACUACCUAAAAAUAGUAAAGCACCCUUUGCUGGCUCUAAUAGCCGCCCAAUCAGUUUGCUGUCUUUACAGUGUACAGUCAGAAAGCAGUUUAGCAGUUACACCGGCGGGCCCCGAUGGCAAAUUAAUUAACUUAACUUGAAUUGGAGUUCCAGUGUUGGAUAGCCAUAGCCAGCUAGCUAACAUAGCAUCCCUCUCUGUUUGAGUCGGGGUGUUUGAGUAGACUAAACUAGCUAGCUGCAUACGCAGUUUAGAAGAUAACACAUACAGUGCAGUCGGAAGGUAUUCAGUCCCCUUCCCUUUUUCCACAUUUUGUUACGUUACGGCCUUAUUCUAAAAUUGAUUAAAUUAUUGUUUUUUCACAUCAAUCUACACACAAUACCCCAUAAUGGCAAAGUGAAAAGAGGUUUUUAGAAUUUUUUGCAAAUGUAUAAACAAUUAAAAACAGAAAUACCUUCUUUACAUAAGUAUUCAGACCCUUUGCUAUGAGACUCGAAAUUGAGCUCAGGUGCAUCCUGUUUCCAUUGAUCAUCCUUGAGAUGUUUCUACAACUUAAUUGGAAUCCACCUGUAGUAAAUUCAUUUGAAUGGAAAUUAUUUGGAAAGGCAUACACCUGUCUAUAUAAGGUCCCACAGUUGACAGUGCAGGUCAGAGCAAAAACCAAGCCAUGAGGUCGAAGGAAUUUUCCAUAGAGCUCCGAGACAGGAUUGUGUCGAGGCACAGAUCUGGGGAAGGGUCCCAAAACAUUUCUGCAGCAUUUAAGGUCCCCAAGAACACUGUGGCCUCCAUCAUUAUUUUUUAAAAUUAUUUCUCAGCUGUCUAUUUUACAACUGAGAUAUAUACAGUACUAGUCAAAAGUUUGGACACACCUACUCAUUCAAGGGUUUUUACAUUUUUAUUUAUUUGUACUAUUUUCUACAUAGUAGAAUAAUAGUUAAAACAUCAAAACUAUGAAAUAACAAAUAUGGAGUCACGUAGUAACCAAAAUAGUGUUAAACAAAUGAAAAUAUGUUUUGAUUUUAGAUUCUUCAAAGUAGCCACCCUUUGCCUUGAUGACAGCUUUGCACUUCUCUCAACCAGCUUCAUGAGGAAUGCUUUUUCAACAGUCUUAAAGGAGUUCCCACAUAUGCUGAGCACUUGUUGGCUGCUUUUCCUUCACUCUGCGGUCCAACUCAGCCCAAACCAUCUCAACUGGGUUGAGGUCAGGUGAUUGUGGAGGCCAGGUCAUCUGAUGCACUCCAUCACUCUCCUUGGUCAAAUAGCCCUUACACAGCCUGGAGGUGUGUUUUGGGUCAUUGUCCUGUUGAAAAACAAAUGAUAGUCCCACUAAGCGCAAACCAGAUGGGAUGGCGUAUCGCUGCAGAAUGCUGUGGUAGCCAUGCUGGUUAAGUGUGCCUUGAAUUCUAAAUAAAUCACAGACAGUGUCACCAGCAAAGCACCCCCACACCAUAAAACCUCCUCCUCCAUGAUUCACGGUGGGAAAUACACAUGCAGAGAUCAUCCGUUCACCCACACCACGUCUCACAAAGCCACGGCGGUUGGAACCAAAAAUCUCACAUUUGGACUCAUCAUACCAAAGGACAGAUUUCCACCAGUCUAAUGUCCAUUGCUCGUGUUUCUUGGCCCAAGCAAGUCUCUUCUUCUGAUUGGUGUCCUUUAGUAAUGGUUUCCUUGCAGUAAUUCGACCAUGAAGGCCUGAUUCACGCAGUCUCCUCUGUACAGUUGAUGUUGAGAUGUGUCUGUUACUUGAACUCUGUGAAGCAUUUAUUUGGGCUGCAAUCUGAGGUGCAGUUAACUCUAAUUAACUUAUCCUCUGCAGCAGAGGUAACUCUGGGUCUUCCUUUCCUGUGACGGAAAAGAAGACAAGUCUCUGAAUGUCCUUGAGUGGCCCUGCCAGAGCCCGGACUUGAACCCGAUCGAACAUCUCUGGAGAGACCUGAAAAUAGUUGUGCAGCGACGAUGCCCAUCCAACAUGACAGAGCUUGAGAGGAUCUGCAGAAAAUAAUGGGAAAAACUCCCCAACUACAGGUGUGCCAAGCUUGUAGCGUCAUACCCAAGAAGACUUGAGGCUGUAAUCGCUGCCAAAGGUGCUUCAAUAAAUUACUGAGUAAAGGGUCUGAAUACUUAUGUAAAUGAGAUAUUUCAGUUUAGAUUUUAAAUACAUUUGCAAACAUUUCUAAAAACCUGUUUUUGGUUUGUCAUUAUGGGGUAUUGUGUGUAGAUUGAUGAGGGGGAAAAAAACACAAUUUAAUACAUUUUAGAAUAAGGCUGUAACGUAACAAAAUAUGGAAAAAGUGAAGGGGUCUGAAUACUUUCCGAAGGCACCGUAUUUAUAUGUGAAUUUGGUCAGGUUACAUAUUGCUGCUUUAACUGCACACACAGAACUAACAUCAACAACAUGCAUGUUAGUCUUUCAUAGUUGAGGGUUGAGGAGAAAUUGACUACUUUUGUUCUAGUCUUUUUAAGAGAUACAUACCCACCAGACACACCACUAUGGGUUUCUUCACGGUACCCAAACCAAACACAGAUUUAAUGCUUCGCUCAGUUAUAUAUAGAGCCAUAUCAUUGUGGAAUGCUUUGCCACCAGAGGUUACUCAGGAAAAAAGCAAGUUUAGCUUUAAAAACAGAUACAAAAAACAUAUUGUAGAGCAUCUAUCCUCCUUCUAAAGAUCUAAUUGAACUGUAUUGUAUAUAAGAAUAUGAACAUGUAAACUCAGCAAAAAAAUAAACGUCCUCUCACUGUCAACUGCGUUUAUUUUCAGCAAACUUAACAUGUGUAAGUAUUUGUAUGAACAUAACAAGAUUCAACAACUGAGACAUAAACUGAACAAGUUCCACAGACAUGUGACUAACAGAAAUUGAAUAAUGUGUCCCUGAACAAAGGGGGGGUCAAAAAUCAAAAGUAACAGUCAGUAUCUGGUGUGGCCACCAGCUGCAUUAAGUACUGCAGUGCAUCUCCUCCUCAUGGACUGCACCAGAUUUGCCAGUUCUUGCUGUGAGAUGUUACCCCACUCUUCCACCAAGGCACCUGCAAGUUCCCUGACAUUUUUGGGGGAAUGGCCUUAGCCCUCACCCUCCGACCAACAGUUCCCAGACAUGCUCAAUGGGAUUGAGAUCCGGGCUUUUCGCUGGCCAUGGCAGAACAUUGACAUUCCUGUCUUGCAGGAAAUCGCGCACAGAACGAGCAGUAUGGCUGGUGGCAUUGUCAUGCUGGAGGGUCAUGUCAGGAUGAGCCUGCAGGAAGGGUACCACAUGAGGGAGGAGGAUGUCUUCCCUGUAACGCACAGCGUUGAGAUUGCCUGCAAUGACAACAAGCUCAGGCCGAUGAUGCUGUGACACACCGCCCCAGACCAUGACGGACCCUCCACCUCCAAAUCGAUCCCGCUCCAGAGUACAGGCCUUGGUGUAACGCUCAUUCCUUCGACGAUAAACGCAAAUCCGACCAUCACCCCUGGUGAGACAAAACCGCGACUCGUCAGUGAAGAGCACUUUUUGCCAGUCCUGUCUGGUCCAGUCACGGUAGGUUUGUGCCCAUAGGCGACGUUGUUGCCGGUGAUGUCUGGUGAGGACCUGCCUUACAACAGGCCUACAAGCCCUCAGUCCAGCCUCUCUCAGCCUAUUGUGGACAGUCUGAGCACUGAUGGAGGGAUUGUGUGUUCCUGGUGUAACUCGGGCAGUUGUUGUUGCCAUCCUGUACCUGUCCCGCAGGUGUGAUAUUCGGAUGUACCGAUCCUGUGCAGGUGUUGUUACACGUGGUCUGCCACUGCGAGGACGAUCAACUGUCCGUCCUGUCUCCCUGUAGCGUUGUCUUAGGUGUCUCACAGUACAUACAUUGCAAUUUAUUGCCCAGGCCACAUCUGCAGUCGUCAUGCCUCCUUGCAGCAUGCCUAAGGCACAUUCACGCAGAUGAGCAGGGACCCUGGGCAUCUUUCUUUUUGUUUUUUUCAGAGUCAGUAGAAAGGCCUCUUUAGUGUCCUAAGUUUUCAUAACUGUGACCUUAAUUGCCUACCAUCUGUAAGCUGUUAGUGUCUUAACGACCGUUCCACAGGUGCGUGUUCAUUAAUUGUUUAUGGUUAAUUGAACAAGCAUGGGAAACAGUGUUUAAACCCUUUACAAUGAAGAUCUGUGAAGUUAUUUGGAUUUGUAUUAAUUAUCUUUGAAAGACAGGGUCCUGAAAAAGGGACGUUUCUUUUUUUGCUGAGUUUAUAUACUGUAUGAAUAGUGUGUAAAUAGUAUUUUUGUUGUGUCUUGGUGUCUUUCCUAUAUAGAACUCUAUUUCAAUUUAAUAUCUUAUGUUGUUCUUGUCUAUUACUGUUCUGUACUUUGUCAUGUAUUUGUACGUUUUAUGUGGACCCCGGGAAGAGUAGCUGCUGCAUGUGCAGUAGCUAAUGGGGAUCCUAAUAAACUAAACUAAAACGUUAACCCCAUCCAUCAACCACCACACACAUCCAACACUAGUAUCUUCUCCUCAGCUACCUCCAUUGCCCCUCCUCCUCCUCCUCCCCCUCCUCCUCCUCCUCCUCCCCCUCCUCCUCCUCCCCCUCCUCCUCCUUUUUCCGUCACCUCCUUCUCUUGCUCAUGUUCUCUUCUUACCUCAGCCCCCUCAAUAAUGGAUGUUAAUAAAACCCUGUUCACUCUUCCUGGCCUCUCAAUCAUCUAAUUUACUCCCAGUACUUUCCCUCUCACUGUACCACUGUGUGGAGAGAUCCAGGUUCUGUUUGCCCUGCUUACCCGUUCACGCCAUCAGCCAGCCAGAGGAGCGCUGUGACAAAUUACAUGGCUUGAUCUGCCUCCUCCAGCUCAACCCACUGCCGCAUACACACACACACACACACAUAUACUGGUACACACACAUACCGGUAGACAGGCACACACACACAGCCACACACAUGCACACAUACAAACUCACUCAACACAAACAGUAUGCGCCUGCCCACCCACACCCCCCCCCCCAGAUCUAUCCUGUGUCUAUCUGUGGCUUGCAUCCCAAAUGGCACCAUAUUCCCCACAUAGUGCACUACUUUUGACCUAAAAAGUACUGCAGUAUGUAGUGAAUAGGGUACCAUUUGGGACAGCCUGUGAGUCAUUGCGAGUGUCUCAGUCUUAUGAUCAGCAGCAGUAGCUCUAAUGUCUAAUAUUCUGUGUUUGUGUGUGAUUGCAUGCGUGUGCACUCAACCACACAUAGCCUACCAAACAAGUAAUGAAGACACUUUAUAAAAUAUUGACUAUUCACCGGACCGACAACGAACAUCAUGCAACAAGUUUUGAUGCUACCCAACUUAAAAGGUGUUUUGCCUCUUUUAAGAUUUUUUAUGAGCUACUCAAUAAAGCAUGAUGAUCAGCGGGUUCCCAGAUUAAUAUUAAUAAGUAUGUUUAUUGCAGAUGAGGAGGACCAGUGUGCGAGCGUGCGUGCGUGAACGUGCGUGUGCAGAGGUGCGUGCAUGUGUGUGUGUGUGUGUCUGCGGAGUGUAUUGCUGGAGCGUUUGUAAGUAUGCACAGCAGAUGCAAACUCUGUUGCCAUUUUGUUGUCAGCGGAGCCGGAGCUCAUGUAUUUUUCAGGCUUUUCCGACCGACCGAGGGCCGGGUUGCCAGGUAGUGUUGUGAUAGCGGGGGUUAGAUCCCGAUUGAGGGUGUGAUUGACAAACAGUGUUGCACACUAUCACACUCCUGAAGUACAAUGCUCAAGAACAACUGCUACUGUUAGUCUAUAGCAGUAACAUAGUAGCUAUGGUCUACUAACAGCCCCCGCAAUGGACAUCAUAUAGUUAUCAAUUCUACUCUGUGUGUUUGGAACCAUAGCUAGCCUAUAUGUCACAGAGAGACAUGUAUAAUGUAUCAUGUUUGUGCAUGUUGGAGAAUUGAAUACAGUAAUAAUGGGUCGAGGAGACCUGGGGGCAACGUACCACCACCAGAGAUCAACAAUGGGCCAAAAUAUGAGGGUCGGACUAUUUCUGCGAGACUAUAUGCUCUCUCUGCCUUGCGACCAUCUCUCUGAGACCACCAUUGAUAAAUCAAAAUAUACCGUCUGUGUUAUCUCCCAGUUAUGGGUCUGGUGUCUGGAGUAGGUUCCUGUAUGCAUUAGGGAUGUGUAAGGCUUGGUAAAUGGAAAGCAGAGGAGAGAGGACCCUCUCAUACAGUACCUAGCAAGCCAGAACGGCUGUGUACCAAAUGGCACCCUAUUCCCCAUGUGCACCACUUUUGAAUAGGGAAUAGGGUGUCAUUUAGGACAAACAGCAUAUAGGGAGGAAUAUGAUUUAUGAGUUGAAGGCUGAGUUUAAAUGCCUUAUGCUUUGUAUGCUAUUGGAUCCCUUAAUGGACUGGGAGAAAGGAGUGUAUAGGAAUGUGUGAUGCUGAAUUGAACUAGCUCAUCAGUACAGUGUUUGAGAUUGUGGACGUUUGCUGGUGUGACUAUGGUUUUUGUGGCAAUUCAUCCUCUUUAUACCCUUCUUUCUCCUUACUCUCUUUUCUUCUUUAUCAUUCUUAUCUUAUCUUAUUUAUUUCAAUAUUUUAUUUUCUCCAUCUGUACAUAUGCACAACAUGGCCCAAAGUAUGUGGACACCCCUUCAAAUGAGUGGAUUCGACUAUUUCAGCCACACCCGUUGCUGACAGGUGAAGGAAUCUCCAUAGACAAACAUUGGCAGUAGAAUGGCCUUACUGAAGAGCUCAGUGACUUUCAACGUGGCACCGUCAUAGGAUGCCACCUUUCCAACAAGUCAGAUCGUUAAAAUUCUGCCCUUCUAGAGCUGCCCCGGUCAACUGUAAGUGCUGUUACUGUGAAGUUGAAACAUCUAGGAGCAACAACGGCUCAGCCGUGAAGUGGUAGGCCACACAAGCUCACAGAACUGGACCGCCGAGUGCUGAAGCGUGUAGCGCGUAAAAAUCGUCUGUCCUCGGUUGCAACACUCACUACCAAGUUCCAAACUGUCUCUGGAAGCAACGUCAGCACAAUAACUGUUCUUCGGGAGCUUCAUGAAAUGGGUUUCCAUGACCGAGCAGCCGCACAUAAGCCUAAGAUCACCAUGCGCAAUGCCAAGCGUCGGCUGGAGUGGUGUAAAGCUCGACGCCAAUGGACUCUGGAGCAGUGGAAAUGCGUUCUCUGGAGUGAUGAAUCACGCUUCACCAUCUGGCAGUCCGACGGACGAAUCUGGGUUUGGCGGAUGCCAGGUGAUUGCUACCUGCCUCAUUGCAUAGUGCCACCUGUUAAGUUUGGUGAAGGAGGAAUAAUGGUCUGGGGCUGUUUUACAUGGUUCGGGCUAGACUCCUUAGUUCCAGUGAAGGGAACUCUUAAUGCUACAGCAUACAAUGACAUUCUAGACGAUUCUGUGCUUCCAACUUUGUGGCAACAGUUUGGGGAAGGCCCUUUCCUGUUUCAGCAUGACAAUGCCCCCGUGUACAAAGCGAGGUCCGUAACAUAAAUGGUUUGUCGAGAUCGUUAUGGGUGAACUUGACUGGCCUACACAGAGCCCUGACCUCAACCCCAUCAAACACCUUUGCAAUGAAUUGGAACGCCGACUGUGAGCCAGGCCUUAUCGCCCAACAUCAGUGCCCGACCUCACUAAUGCUCUUGUUGCCGAAUGGAAGCAAGUCCUUGCAGCAAUGUUCCAACAUCUAGUGGAAAGCCUUCCCAGAAGAGUGGAGGCUGUUAUAGCAGCAAAUGGGGGACCAACUCCAUAUUAAUGCCCUUGAAUUUGGAAUGAGAUGUUCGACGAGCAUAUGUCCACAUACUUUUGGCCAUGUAGUGUGUGUGUGUGUUCACUUAAGACUAUCUAAAAAAAUAAGUGAAAAUUGACAAAUUAUCCAAUGGAUUAUGAUUUUUUUUUAAGCAGAGGUGCAAAAGCAUAAGUUUGCACCCCCUAUUUUCAUUUUCUCCAUGGCUCAGGCGACCAAGUGGACACAAGGCUAUUUGGCUCAUCCCAGUCGCAAAGAGGAAUAACUUUGCAGCUGUUUUUGAAGAAUUAACAAUGCCAUGCUGGUGGGUGGUAACAUUAAAAUAAAACCCAGCCCUGAAAUGAAUCGUAGGAAAAGACACCGCAUUCACACGGAUUUGGGGGCAGUUCAGUAUAUCAUACUUUGACUAAAAUGAUUACUUAUUGACUUAAAUCAUUGUGCAACAUCAUGGGUAAGCUCUGGCCAUCAUCUUUCAGCUCGAUUGAAUCCAGCCGAAGGUUAUGGUUCCUCCAGGACUCAUAAACAGCCUAUUGCAGCUUCUGGGGAUCAGUGUUUGUGCCUCAAUAUGCCAAACAGGGAACCUCAGGAGAAAGAGUAGACCGACCUGGACACACACUCAGAUAUGCAUACUUGCACGCAAUCACACACAUUCUUUCUAAUAAUUAUCUCUCUCUCUCUGUAGGUGUUCUAGCGAUCCUGGCUGUGCCAGUGGGAGUGGUGUCCUCUACCCAGGAGCUGUACCCCAGCCGGACCCCCCAGGACCCUGUCUCCAUGGCAGCGCCCCACAGCAGCCCCCCUAACGCGCUCCUGCCCCUCCCAGACUGGCAGCAGGAGGACUCCAGCAGCGGGGACCCUUGGUCCCCCCAGGGAGGAGCGCUGCCCACAGGCAUCAUCCAGCCCACCACAGCCCUCAGCUCCUGGGGCUGGCAUCUAACCCACCACACCAGCCUGGCACACACUGUGACACCACUCAGUAAAGACAGCCUCAUUCAUGCUGCAGCUACUUUCAGUCCUAACACUGUGAACUCUGUGAGAGUAAACCAAGACCCUGGCCCUAGCUCUGUCAGCCCCAGCCCAGUCAAGCAGGCCCAUUCCCCCAGCUCUGGUGCGCUCAACCCGGGCCACAGCUCCAAUUCUCUCAGUGCAGACCAGGGCCUCUUGCCCAACUUGGUCAAUCAAGCCCAUAGCCCAGAUACUGUUAAUGUUAACCAGGGCAACAGCCCUCCUAGCCCUCCCAGCUCUGCUGGCCCACAGAGUGAGGUGGCUCCAGCUGCAGUGGAGGGGGCUCCAGAUUCUGGGUCUGCCCUGGCUCCUCCUUUGCCCAGCCCGCUCACAGAGAGAGGGGAUACUCUGGGCCCGGAGCUUGUUGGUCCCCCGGUCCCCACACACACCCAGGAGCCCCAGGAGAGGAAUGUCGAGGAGCCCACAGACCCCAGUCAGCAGGACUUCACCACUGAGCUGCAGCCUUUCUCACUCUCCUCCUCCUCUUCCUCAGUGGAUGCUGCUCUAGAUCAGACCCUCAGGGAGUAUGUUGAAGCCACGCCCGAGCUGUCCCGACCCCACGCCAUCACCAUACGGGAGGUGCACCCCCUGGUCAACGAAGACCCCACCCUGGAGCUGAAAACAGAUGGCAAUGUCACUUUUCAUAGCGGCAGUGUGGAGGGCAUCCCUGGCGAGGACCCCUCCUCCCAGUGGAACAGCUCGUCCGCUACGGAGCCCCCCUCCACGGCCAGUGGGAACUUCCUGAACCGACUGGUCCCCGCCACCACUGCGGACCCCUGGGGUCCUGGUAAUGGAUCCGGCCCCGCUCUGGACUCACCGCUGUCCCACGCCACCAUCUGCCUGAGCAAGAUAGACAUUGUGUGGAUCGUGUUGGCCAUCAGUGUGCCUGUGUCCUCGUGCUGUGAGUAUCAAAUAACAACCUGAUGAAUGCUUUGAUGGCAAAACAUGUUUUUUUAAUGAUAACAAAGCCCUUCAUAUCAAACGUCCAUUUCCCUCUAUUAGGGAUUAAUAUCUCUUGUACAAUUUAAGUAUAAACUCAAAGCCCCUUAGAGAAAACCAUAUCAAAGGCAAAGAGGUUAGAGAAAUUGUGUUUGAGUCAGUAGGAGACUGACCACCACUUUUAUGAGGCUGAGAUCACAUUCAUACCACCCAACCUAUCCACUGAGUCAACGUGAUAAAUAAUUAAAGAGCUGGAUAGAUAUAUUAGAGGUUGGAUCGUUUUAGAGACUGUACUGAUUUUGCCUCCCCCUCGCCCUCCUUCCCUACCUUCCUCCAUCCUCCCUUCCUCUCCCCCUCCAGCUGUGCUGCUGACCGUGUGCUGUAUGAGGAGGAAGAAGAAGUCUUCAAGUCAGGAGAACAACCUGAGCUACUGGAACAAUGCCAUCACCAUGGACUACUUCAACAGGCACGCCGUGGAGCUGCCCCGGGAAAUCACAUCCCUCGACAAUGCUGAGGUACACACAGUCCUGAGACUGACUGACACUUUUAUUAUUAGACCAAAGAGGACUUCCUGUAGGAUAUGAUAAAUGUUACACUUGAGGGGAAGGGCCGGUAUAUAAUGUAAUUACGAAAUUACAGCCCCCAAUCUGGCACUCAAUUGCUUUAGAGGGGAUUUAUUAUAUAUAGUGAAAUUGCCUAUAUGUAAGGUUGUUGCAUGGAUUCAGCAUGGUAUAAUGGAGAUUUAGUCAGAUUGAUAUAAACUGUGUGAUGGCAUUGAUUAGAGUUUAGAAAUACCAAGGGAUUUAAUGAAUAUGUAGCCUAUAUUCAUACAGCCAUUACAAUAUUGGGCUCCUCCAAAUUAGGCUCCUCAACUAUACAUGAAUUCAGAGAUGAUACAGAAAAUGUAAAUCAGCGAGCCGAGUGUUGCUAAGUAGCUAGAGUAGAUGUGAGGUCAACAUGUGGUUACAGUGGAAUAUAUAUAUAUAUAUAUAUAUAUAUAUAUAUAUAUAUAUAUAUAUAUAUAUAUAUAUAUUAUAUAUAUAUAUAUAUGUGUGUGUGUGUGUAUGUGGACUAUAGUGCCCUCUGCUGUAAGAUUAAUGGUACAGCUAAAAUGUUGUGGCCCCACUUCAACUAAUCAUUUUGGUGUAAUUUUAGACCUUUAGCUUAUCCUUUAUUUAGUUCAAUCUACUGACAUAUUUUUGUUGCUAUGAAAUCAGCAAGUCUUAUCAGCUCUCCUCAUAAUUUCUCAUCUGCAUACUGACCACACCUCUAUUUCUGGUUUGUCCUCUUUUUUUGCUCCCUCCAUCGCUUUCUCUCUCCAUCCAUCUCUCCUCUGGUGGUGCAGGAGCGGGAUGCCGAGGUCGGAACAUGUUUAGGAUGCUCGUGGUGACACACAGGUGUUGUGUUGCGUCCCUGUUUUAUUCCUCCUCUCACUGAAGCUCUACCUCAUCCCUUCCUCCUUCCCUCCAUAUUUUUCUUUCCUAAAGUGCCUCUAGCUUGUCUGGUGCCGUUACCAUAGAGAUGAAUCGUGAAUAGAUUUAUCUCUAUGGCCGUUACAGUCAAUAUUUAUCGCUUAUUUUUCCUGAAUAGCCAAGUGCAACCUAGUGUAUCUUGCAUACAAUAGUACAAGUACUAUAUAUAGUGAUUUGUUUAUGUUAGGGUUUGGGGUAUUGCCAGUUAGAAUGUACCUCUCUUUGUCUCCUCUCUUUCUGUUUUUUUUCAUCUUUUUCUUCACCACCUUCCACCCCCAGUUCUGUCUUUUAGCUGAGUCACCACCACCAUUUCUCUCUCUGCCUCUCCUCUUUCUCCCUCUCCUCUCUCUCUCUCCUCCCUCUGCUGUGUUCUGCUGAGUCACCCCUUCUUUUCCCUUCUUUCCUUCUUUUCUCUGUCAUGGAGCCUGUUCAACUCCCCUCUCUCCUUCCCUCUAUUUUUCUCUCUGUGUGUUCUCUCUGCUAGUGUAAUCAUUCAGCCAUCUUUUGUCCUCAUGAGAAUGGUUUGUGUCUGCCAAGUCACAAAACACUCAGCCCUGAAUCUCACUAGCCUUUAGAAUCAGCUAGUAUUUAUCUUCUAUAGUGUGUACCUGGCAUGAAUCGUGAUGUAGUGUCAUGCUAAUGUAUAUGUUGUGUGUGUGUGACUUUGUCUGUCUGUGUGUGUAUGUGUGUGUGUGUGUGUGUGUGUGUGUGUGUGUGUGUGUGUGUGUGUGUGUGUGUGUGUGUGUGUGUGUGUGUGUGUGUGUGUGUGUGUGUGUGUGUGCGUACAUGCGUGCUCCUGUGUAUGUUCCAGGAGCAGGAGAUGUGUCUACCCCCUAACGGGGACUACAGCGACAGCGGGGUGGUGCUGGUUAACCCUUUCUGCCAGGAGACCCUGUUCAUCAACAGAGAGAAGUCCUGCGCCAUCUAGAGAUGAGGGAGGCUGGUCUUGUGGCCAUGUCCUGAAACCACCAAUACAAGACUGUCAAAAAUAAAGGUCUGACUUUCAAAAUAAAGGUCCCCCGCCAUGGCUUUCUCCCUUUUCUCCCUCCGCUGUCGUUUUUAUAUACGUGGUAAAUCUUCAGAGACUCCCACUUUAUACUGUACAUUAUGAAUACAUAGACAACACUAAAGGAAGAGUUAAAAACAGACACUAUUUACUAUGAAGGUGCGCCUACAUAUUUUUGUGAUGUAAAUUUUCUACAAAUGCUUAAUUGUGAUAAGGGUUUUUAUGUCUUUAUAAACUACGGAGUAUGUGUGAUUUCCGUUUUGUUACAGUGGCUUGAUGGUGAGAACAUUGUGGACGUGGCCACUUGAAUUCUGCUUUAGAGAGAAGAUAUUCUGUAAGAAUGUUAUGUUUCAUUUUCUUUUUAAUCAAACCCCAAAUAUUUUGCGAAAAGCCUGUUCAACUUGAAUUCUGUACCUACGAGAUUUAGGGCAAUGUUUGUGAGAUCAGGUUUUAGUAGAGGCAAUGGAGGGGUUAUCAUUUGAACUGCCUCGAUAGCAGGGGGACCUGCAACAGUAGUGUAGGCAAGGGACAAUGCCCAAGAGGUAUAGUGUUGUAUCUGUAUAUACCAAAUGGAAUUGACUUUUAUAAUGGCUUUUCCCCUCGCGUGUCACCAGCCUGUGUGUGUGUGUGUG